CUCCAAAACCAUCCUCUCCCCCGACAACAAGAUCCUUCCCAAGAACACACACACACACACACAAUCUUGUGACAGCCCCUAUCAUCAAUUUUUUCCUUGUUUUUAGCCAAAACCCAUUGUCCAGAAACCACCAAAACCCCCUCAAAUCCCUCGCACAAACCUCUCUCCUCAUGGUUUGAACAGUAUUUAAUUCCUGUAAAUGGGUUCAUCUUCAUCUUCCAGUCCAUUCUCUCUCCUCUUGGUCUUCCUUGCUUGCUUCGCCAUUAUUGGGUCCUCUUCAGAUCACACAAACUUGGUUUACAAAGGAUGUGCAGACCAGAAAUUCCAAGACCCAACUGGUGUUUACACUCAAAAUCUCAAAACCCUUUUUGACACCCUGGUUUCCCAAUCUUCCACCAACAAAUUCUAUAAGACCACCGUCGGUGACGGCCAAUCGGCCAUUCUUGGUAUCUUUCAGUGCAGAGGUGACCUCUCAAAUGCUGAUUGUAGCAACUGUGUGAGCAAAGCUACAGAUAGGUCACGAAAAUUGUGUGGCGAAACCAUAGCUGCUAGGAUUCAACUCAGUGGGUGUUACAUAAGGUAUGAGGUGUCUGGGUUUAAGCAGGCCUCUGGGACUGAGUUGUUGUACAAGGUUUGUGGGUCGACUCAGGCGAGUGGGACUGGUUUUACGGAGAGGUUGGACUCGGCUCUGGGUGAGAUAGUGAAGGGUCUACAAAGUGGGAAUGGGUUUUACACAGGUGGGUAUGAGUCGGUGUAUGUGUUGGGUCAGUGUGAAGGUGAUUUGGGAAGUGGGGACUGUGUGGACUGUGUGAAAACUGCUACCGAGAGAGACAAAAGUGAAUGUGGUUCCUCAAUAUCCGGUCAAAUAUAUCUUCAACAGUGCUAUAUUAGCUACAGUUACUAUCCAAAUGGGGUACCCAGUGACUCACAAUCAUCAUCAUCAUCAUCAGGGACAGGGCAGAGAAAUACACAGAAGACAGUGGCCAUUGUUUUGGGAGGGGUGGUAGGUUUGGGGCUAGGAGUUGCUUUCUUACUGGUUCUUAAAUCAGUGUUUAAGAAAAGGCAUCAUUAUGGUAAUUAUUGGGGAUGAGGUUACUGAGAGGCAUAAGAGGUUUGCAAGACUGCGGAUUUCAAUGAGAGAGAGAGGAAGCUUUAGAGCAUUAAGUGCCAUGGGGAUUGUAAAGAGAAAAAGGUGGUGGUGGAAUGGAAAAGAAGAGAAGAUUACUUUUUCUCUUCUCAUUGGUUGAGGCUGCAGAGUUUUUCUUCUUUUCUUUUUCUUUUAAUUCCUUUUAGGGACAAUUUUUUGUAGUUGCCUUUUAGUGAAAUGAAUGUACAU